AGGGGCGGGGAGUGUGGCCACUGCAGCAUAAACAGUGGGGACUGGGCGCCGCGCCGGGGCAGCCUCUGCCUCCCUUAAAGGGCGGGUUCCCGGUGUCCGCGAUGACUGAGCGGCCGCGAACACGGCAGUGACAAGAUUUUUUUCCUGGCCAAGUGGAAAACUCAAGUUAAAUAAUCCAAGGAUGAAUAUUCAUCGGGCCAGUGAAGGCGACAGGUCAAUACGCCAGGAAUCUAGCUACUUAGUGGAAAAUAUCCCAGGUUCAUCCCAAGAAAAAGAAGAAAACUGUCUGACAUCAUCCUCCUUGCAAAAUCCUAACCUUCCCGUGUGUCCCAGGAAUGAUGAUCUGUUACUCGAUUACACCUCUCAGCCAGCCAAUCAUCAGUUCUCCAAUGUCCCAUCCCUUCCUGAAGACAUCAAAGGCACUUGCUUUCAGGCUGGUAAUAAGAGGAACCACGAACCCUUUACUGCUCCAGAACGAUUUGGAAAUAGCAGUUUGGGCUUCAGCUGUAAUUCACAUCCCCAUGCUCCAGAGAAGGUGACUCUCCUUGUAGACGGCACUCGUUUUGUGGUCAAUCCACAGAUAUUCACUGCUCAUCCGGACACCAUGUUGGGAAGGAUGUUUGGUCCAGGAAGAGAGUAUAACUUUACCCGGCCCAAUGAGAAAGGAGAGUUUGAGAUUGCCGAAGGGAUCAGUGCCACUGUGUUUCGAACCGUGCUGGAUUAUUACAAAACUGGAAUCAUUAACUGUCCUGAUGGAAUUUCCAUCCCUGACCUUAGAGACACCUGUGAUUAUCUCUGCAUUAAUUUUGACUUCAACACCAUCAAGUGUCAAGAUCUGAGUGCUUUGCUGCAUGAGCUCUCCAAUGAUGGAGCUCACAAGCAGUUUGAUCACUACCUCGAGGAGCUGAUCUUGCCCAUCAUGGUGGGCAGUGCCAAGAAAGGGGAACGGGAGUGCCACAUCGUUGUGUUGACUGACGAGGACUCUGUAGACUGGGAUGAGGACCAUCCUCCACCCAUGGGAGAGGAAUAUUCUCAAAUUCUUUAUAGCUCCAAGCUCUACAGAUUCUUCAAAUACAUUGAGAAUCGGGAUGUUGCAAAAACCGUAUUGAAGGAACGGGGACUAAAAAAUAUCCGAAUUGGUAUCGAGGGCUAUCCCACUUGUAAGGAAAAAAUUAAGAGGAGACCAGGUGGCCGGUCAGAAGUCAUAUACAACUACGUACAACGUCCAUUUAUCCAGAUGUCUUGGGAAAAGGAGGAGGGAAAGAGCCGCCAUGUUGAUUUUCAGUGUGUCCGCAGCAAAUCCCUCACCAACCUAGUGGCAGCUGAGGAAGAUGUCUCUGAAGACCAGGAGACCCUGAUGCACCACCCUCCACAAGUGGACGAACUUGAUCGGCUGAAUGCUCCACUCUCCCAGAUGGCCCCUAAUGACUUCCCAGAUUAGGGCCAGCCAUUAAUCCGAGCACAUCUCUAAGGUCCUUUUCUUCCCUGGGAUGCACUCAAGGUUUGUCUCACCCUGAACAUGAGACAUAUUCUCUCCUUAACCCUUCCCCACAUCACCAGUAAUAUUAAGGUGUAUUCUUUGAAGCAAGCUGAUGCCCCUAAGAGGAAAUGAAUAAUCAGUACUGGCCACUGAAUCACCAGACAUUCUUUACUGACCCUGGGCACGUGGGAAGCUCCUCAGGAUUGGUGCUGUCCUGGAAUAACUUGAGAAAGCUGAAAAGGAAGUUUAAAAAAUCUCAUUUCCUCAUAUAGCAAAACACUUCCUGCCCUUCUUCCCAUUCUUUUCACCCCCUUUUCCUUGCCAGGUACACACCUGAUUGUUUUUUGGCAGCUUCCUCAGUUGCAAGGGGGCCAGACCACCAUCCCAUUCUGCUGCGUAGCUAUCCGUGGAAGACUGUUAGAAGAAUUCUAAAGAAUGCACCCAGGAUUCAGCUCAUCUAGGAGGAAUGAGGCCUUGUUUACAAAACAAUCGAGCUUUUCUGAAGAGAAUCCUUCAAGAGCUUAAAUUAAAUUGUCUUUUUUUAAAAAAUUAAACGAAAAACCCCCAUAGCACUAGUUUAUCUUUUGGUAGAGAGGGGUAAAUGGCGAACAAUAGGAUUUAUGCUCUUUUAACUUCUGGAUAUGGGGCCUGAAUUUGAUUGCGCUUAUGGAAUGCAGAUCAAGGCAAUGAAACCAUCCUGAUAGUUCGCUCAUUCCCCAGCCAGGCUAGAAAUCCAGGAAUACCCAGUAAAGCCAUUGUCUUUGCCCCCAGUUCAGGGCUAUGCUGGGAUGUGUCUGGAAUGAAUAGGGCCUUGGCUAGAGGCUCUCAAAACAUGGUCAGGAGUUUCUUCUGAGGCCUCAAUUAUUCAAAUGAAAGAAUUUUAAGAGGCCUUUGAAGUUUAGUACCAGGGAUUGAGAAGGCCAGGAUCUCAGGAAUCCAUAGAUAUAGCCCUGUCCUGGUGCUAGGUAAGGGAAGACAAUCAGGGACUUGGACUCUGGCUUGAAUUCUGCAACCCCAUUCAUGCUUUUUAGACGGCUCUCACUCCCGUACCAUCCAAAGGACCAUUCCAGCCUUCCCUUCUUAGAGAUGUGACUGAAAUGGUCUUAUUAUGCAGAUUCAAUCCCUUGGAACUUGGUGUGGGUGGGGGAAUCAUAGCAAAUUCAACCUGGGAAGCAGCCUCUCACCUGUUUACUCAGGGUAAUAGAAGAUGCCAGGUGAGAAGAAAGUAUUACUGUUUGUUGUGGGGAUUUUUCCUAUACAAGUGUCACCUUCAGUGGCUCAGGAUGGAGAAAAUUAGGUUGAUUUUUUUUUAUGUCAACUAGACUGACCUCAUGCUGACCCAGAGCCUAAACUAUUCCCCUAACUGCCACGCUUCUAGAUCAAAGUCCUCUGAUGUGCAACGAUGGAUCUUGGACUAUGGCUUUGACCCAGGAGAUAGAGUAGGACGCAAUGCCGUGAGUAGAGCUAGGUCCAGAUUAGUGCAAAUAAUGAAUCACCUGAAGUGAGUGUAGCAUUCAAAUUCACACUGCCUAUUUCCAUUGGGCUGGAACCAAUGACACCCUUUUACCUAAUUAUAACUUCUAGUAGUGUAAAUUUAAUCAGAUGUGGCCAUUCCAGGGGAUUUUUUAUUCACAUUCAUUGGAACCUGUUUGUGUCUCUUUGAAUGACUUUGUCACUGGGAACCAAAUUGGAUUCCAGAGCCAAAUACAAAUGGUUAGGAGUUAUCUUCAGUUGGGUAUUAGCUGUCCUACUCUUCUGGUGUUAAUUGCCUCAGUUCCCUUGAUGUAGUAUCAGCCACUAGUUGACUAUAGUUUUAGCCCUCCAUAGGCUCUUUCUAAAUUGUGUGUUACUUUGACAUUCUUACACCCGUCAGACUCCUUUAAGACACUACGGGACAAGGGACUUUCCUCUAAUUUGCAAUGGCAACUUAAUUACUUUGUAAUCCAAGCCAAGAAAAUAGUGGAAGACACAUUUUUAGCAGCUCUUGUCUCAGAGAAAAAGAAUAACUUCUGGAUCCAGUGAGUUCUUGAGUUAGAAGUAUGCUUACUACUUUUUGUGACGCGUUGUUGCUGGUGUCAAAAUCCAAAAUAUGUCAUCUUCUCGGGAGUUAAAAUGAUACUAAUUGACCCACCAUUGGAAGCAUAGACACUGAAUUGCUUUUCCCGUGGGGGUGAUUGAUUCUGAGCCAUUCACGCUCCCUUCUCUAUCUCCUUUUUUUUUAAAACUGAUGACACAUUUGUGAGUCAGGUGGCCAUUGUUGGGAGUACAGACUGUGUGAGGAACCAUGUUUCCUCUGUAUGGAGCUAAUUGGCACAUCCUCGAAUUAAAUCUACAACCUUGACCUCAUUGGCACUAAAUUCACAUGAUGACAUCCUCUGAAAUGGUGCUUCCUUUGUGUUUCUGAAUGGACAAACCCAUCAUUGCAAAGACCGUUCAGAUUCUACAACCUUUAUUUGUGUAUUAAUUAAUGAGGAUUUAUUUUCUUGUCGAAGUACAUGUUUAUUCCCCCCCUCCGCCCUAGUGUUUAGCUUAUAUGUUAUUACUAUUAAACGUAAACACUCCAAAAAGGAACUGCUCCUUUGGUGUUUUGUUUGGAGUACAGCUGUAUUGCAUAUGUAGGAAGAUAUCAGUACUGUUGGAAGGAUAGCUUUCUUGGGCCAUCGUCAUCAUUUUUAUAACUGGUAUUAGUGUGCCUAUGGAGCAACCCAUGAGCUAAAACAAGGUGGCAGAAACCAGUGAGGGAAAACUGGCAUUGCAGUGGCGUUUCUUGUUAUUGUCUGUAAUUUAUUCAGUGUUACCCCGGGGGGGAGGGCACAGUGGGGUUGACAGUUAUGAAGCUCGGAGGUCAUUGGGUGAGGGAGGUGGUAUUCUUUUGCCACUAGACUGAAUGCUAAUGGAUGUCUAUAUGGUGACUCCACACCCACCAAUUCCUGGCUUACUAAGUAAAUUUCAAUAUCUUCUGAGGGUCGGAGUAACGAUCCCCUGCACAGAAAGUCAUAUCCCUUUAAAUCUUUCCAAGCCAUAUAAAGACAUGUCAAAGAUGAGAGAUGGGUAGGUACUGGUUCCAGGGCAUCUCUUUAAGCCGCAGUAUUGGCAGAACUCUGGGAGCAGAGUAGACGUGUUUUGUUCCCUGAUAUAAAUGGGGAGAAUCCAAUUCAGUUUCUUUUCCAAGUGCCUAAAUUCUUUUAUACCUGAAGACAGAUUGUUUCCAAAGAUAUUUUAUUUGCACUCAGACUGUCUUUCUUCCUUGGUGGUCAAGGUGAGAAUUUUUAGGAAAAAUGAUAAUUCUCUUCUGUUUGUUACUGCAUCAUCUCAAGCUUGGCCAUAUUUCCAGCAUAGAGAUGGAGGAAUAAGGAAGAGAGAAUAGGGUAGAAAUGUUGUAAUGUUAGCAAACGCUUCCAUUUGCGGUUCAUCGUGGCAUCACAGACCUAAGGCUGGAAGGAAUCUUAGAGGCCAUUUAUACAGGCUCAUGCUAGUGCCCUUGAAUGUCUGAAAAGUAUUCAUCCUGGGGCAGCUAGGUGGUGCAGUGGAUAGAGCACUGGCCCUGGAGUCAGGACCUGAGUUCAAAUCUAGCCUCAGACACUUACUGUGUGACCCUGGGCAAGUCACUUAAAAAAAGGAAAAGUACUCAUCCUGCCAGGGUGUGUUUUGACGAGAAGAGGGGAUGAGGGUAGUUUCCUUACAUCUGAUUGAAUUUCUGGUUUCUGCAGAGGGAGGAAAGAAAGUUGGGGAGAAAGUGAUACCAAGGGGGAAAUGGAAAAAAAAACCCUACAGAAUAGUCAGGAAUAGUGAAUUUCACACUUUAAUAUGCAGCAGCAAGAAUUAUUUUAAGCCUCACCUAAGAGAAAAAUGUAGACUGAUGUGGAUGUAUACAAAUAAUGAUGGAGAGAAACCUAAAUGAAUGGGCACAGUUUACAAAUAGCGUUCGCAGAAUAUUGAUCUAGGGUCCUCCUUUAGGAAUAAGCAAACAAAUCUGAGUCAAAGUAUAAGCCUUAAAUCAAACCAUGCCUGAAAAGUGUGAUGUGGAGGCCUUUAUUUUUAAAAAAAUCAAGUCACAGAAACUUAAGAAUUGGGCAGGGGAGGGAAGAAGGUAAUGAGUGGCACGUGCCUAUAAUUCUUGCUACUGAGGGAGGCUGAGGCUGGUUGAGCAUUCGAGCUCAGGAGUUCUGAGCUGCAGCGGGCUCAGCCAAUCAGAGGGACAUGCUGUCAGGCACCAUGGUAACAGAGGGCGCGGGGGAUGAAGCCGCCUAAGGAGGGACAAAUUGUCCCAGGUCAGAAAUUAGAGUGGGCCAAAGCUCUGGGAAGGUCAGAAUAGGGCCUGGCAGUUACGGCAGACACCUCUCCCCCACCACCCGGUACUAAGGGCCAACCCCCUUUUCAUGUUAAAAAAAUAAAAAUGACUGAUUUAAUUUUGCUGAUCCAGAUUCCCUGAUUAGGAUGGGCCCCAAGAAAGUGUUGUCUUUAAGUGCUACCUUCUAUUGACAGGUGGGAUGCUGGUUUGGUUUCCUGUUUUAUUUUGUAUUUAGUUUUAACGUACUUGUUUAUGAGAUCCUAUAAUCAGGAUGCCUUUUUUUCUACAAUAAAGUUAUUUCUAUGCACCCCA